GGUGGGGCCAGCCACACAAACACACCCACCCCUUAGACAUACAUACACACUGUCACACACGUUUUCCUGACACUUAAGCUAUGGCUGCUUGCUAGGGAUUCGGGGUCCUGGGUCCUAACCUCUGUUGUCUAGCUUUGGAAGCAAACACCCCCUUUCUUCCUUCCCACAAUCCUCAUACUCUCUGCCAACACACACAUCGCUUUGUCUGAGAGGGACACACACACACACACACACACACACACACACACACACACAUACACACACACACACACACACACCUCUGACAAUCCCCUACGUGCCUUACGUGCUACAAACCCACCCAGCCCUUACAUCCACACUGGUAACACAGAACAGUAUACACACAGCUUCAGCCACUUUCAUCUCAGUCCCUUUCCAUCAGCACCCAGAAGCCAAACUCUCUCAUUGAGGUACCAGCUCUAUGACACCCACACUCAUUCAGAGGCACACAAUACUUCCCCCCUACACACACUCAAAAUCACAGAAACACAUUCAUAAACAGGUCCCCAGAGAAGAAUUCUCUCUCUCUCUCUCUCUCUCUCUCUCUCUCUCUCUCUCUCUCUCUCUCUCUCACACACACACACACACACACACACACACACACACACACACACACUCACCCUCUACAGCCUCCUCUUUAAGGAUCCCUGAAUCUCAACCCACUCCUCAUAUCUCCUGUUUCCCUUUGUGAAGUAAGUCAGCAACGGGGGCUCCAUCACAUCUAAGCCAGGCCUUUAUCACUAACACUGAGCCUUCACUUCUGACCCUGAGGCUCUCCUUAAAACUUGAGAAUCAGCCUCUCAUCCUUUAUACUGAACCUCCAUACUUAAUGCUUAGUUUCUAUAUCUGACACUGAAAUCCCUUAUUUCUAACACUGAGCCUCUAACCCUGACACCAGACUUAACAAUCUUUCCCUGACACAGCCUUUAGUCCUUAUUAUUCAGGCCUCCAUCUCUGACAUGAGCUGCUCCCUGAAUCUCUCAUUCUUGACCUGGAGUACCAACCCCAUAUUUGCCUGACACUGAGCCCCUUCACCCUGGGCUCCUGACACUGAGCUUCCUAUAUCCAAUAUUGAAUCCUCCUUUCCCUGAUGUAUCCUUGACACUGAACUUUUUCAUCCCUGCCUGACAAUUAAUCCCUCCCACCCCCUGAUCCUUACAAGGGAUUUCCUUUACCCAGCACUGAACCCCCUCUCCCAUCCCUGACAUAUACUCCCAUCCUUGAAACCUAACCUUUCCAUCGCUGAUACUCAACCCCGAAUUCCCCAUCACUGAAACUGAGCCCCCUCAUCCCUGACAAGUGAGCCUCUCUGAUCCUGAAACCCCUCAUCAUUAACACAGGGCCUCUCAUUCUAGACACUGAGCCCUCGAUCCUCCAUCACUGAGCCUUCACCACCCUGACAAUUGUGAAUCUCCAUCUCCAAGCCUAAACCUCAUCUCUGACACUGGAACUUCUGGCCUUCCUCUCUCCCUGGGCCCUAGGCAGAGGCAGAACAUGAGUAGUGGCUACAUCCUUGCCUCCAAUGAGGGCUUGGAGAGAGUAGAGGGGGGAAAGGGAGGGCAUUUCCUUUUCCUGAACUCUGGAAUCCUCUGGGAGGAAAUAGGGUGGAGGGACAGGCUGGAGAGGAUAUGAUGCUGGGAGUUGAGGAGAACUGAUACUCUGAGAGGCCCUUGUUGAUCCUUUGGGGAAAGAGGCCUGGGGGCAGGACGAACUUGGGAUGAGGAGCAUGGCUACAAGGUGGCUCCACCAGGGCCCCUGCCCCUCACCUGAGUGCCAUGGAAUCCAUGUUUGAGGACGACAUCAGCAUCUUGACCCAGGAGGCGCUGGGGUCCGGCGAGGUGUGGCUGGAUGGGCCGGGGGGCCCUGUGCUGGGCAGUGACAUGUGCUCUGCCUCCCACUUCGCACUCAUCACAGCCUACGGGGACAUCAAGGAGCGGCUGGGGGGGCUGGAGCGGGAGAAUGCCACCCUACGGCGCCGACUCAAGGUGUAUGAGAUCAAGUACCCAGUGAUUGGUGACUUUGGAGAUGAGCACAACUUCUCCUUGUAUGAAAUCAAGGAGGACUCCCUGCUGGAGGUGGAGAAGUCCAGUCUACAGCAGCGACUCAAUCAGUUCCAGCAUGAGCUCCAGAAGAGCAAAGAGCAGGAAGAACAACUGGGAGAGAUGAUCCAGGCAUAUGAGAAGCUGUGUGUAGAGAAAAGUGACCUGGAAAAUGAACUGGGGGAGAUGGUGAGGCUGCGGGCUCUGGUGGAGACACAUCUGAGGCAGAUCUGUGGCUUGCAACAGCAGCUUCGCCAGCAACAGGGAGGAGGGGACAGCACCUUCCCCAGCCUGAGCCCUCCAGCUGCUCCUGCCCCCACUGACCCUGACCUUGACCUCCACUACCUGGCACUACGAGGAGGGCCUGGCCUUGGCCAUGUGCUAGAGCCUUCCCUGGGCUGGCCUAGCCCACCCAGUGUCGGGGAUCUGGAGAGGAGGCGGCUGGAAGAGGCUUUGGAAGCAGCUAGAGGGGAGGCGAGGGGGGCCCAGCUCCGGGAAGAGCAGCUCCAGGCUGAGUGUGAGCGGCUCCAGGGGGAGCUGAAGCAACUCCAAGAGAGCAGGGCUCAGGAUUUGGCUUCCAACCAAUCAGAGCGGGAUAUGGCAUGGGUCAAGAGAGUAGGAGAUGACCAGGUUAACUUGGCUCUGGCCUACACAGAACUGACCGAAGAACUGGGCCGACUCCGGGAGCUCAGUUCCCUCCAGGGGCGGAUUCUGAGGACCUUGCUGCAGGAGCAAGCGCAGAGGAGCGGCCAAAGACACUCCCCUCUUUCCCAACGCCACACCCCGUCUCCACAGUGCCCUUCCCCAUCCCCACCAGCCCGGGCUCCCCCGCCCGGGCCCCAAUGUCAGUCGCCAGUCCCCCAGCGGCGUUCGCCGGUGCCGCCUCCUCCGCCAUGCCAUUCACCCCAACAACGCCGCUCUCCUGCCUCCCCGUCCUGUCCAUCGCCUGCCCACCAGCGCCGCUCCCCUGUGCCCUUGCCACCCCCACCGCCAUGCCAGUCUCCCGCUCCACAGCGCCGCUCCCCUGUGCACCCCUCCUGCCCAGCUCCCCAGCCUCGGCCCCCGCCAGGGGAGAGGACUCUGGUGGAGUUGGCCUACGCCAAGCCACCCAGUCACCACGUGAAGGCUGGCUUCCAGGGGCGCCGGAGUUACUCAGAGAUGGCCGAUGGGGCGGGCUAUGCAGGAGCUGUCCCCUGGCUUCAGGCUGAAGCCUCGACGCUGCCCAAGCCCCGACCCUAUGGUGGGGAGCUCUACAGCCCCAGCCGGCCUCUCAGCCCCCGAAGCACCUUUGAAGGCAUCCGGCUUCGGUUUGAGAAGCAGUCUUCAGAAGAAGAGGAGUGGGCUGUGCCCAGCCCUCCCAGUCCAGAGUCAGGCACCAUCCGAUGUGCCUCUUUCUGUGCCGGCUUCCCCAUCCCCGAGACGCCCACUGCUGCCUACACCCACGCGGAACAUGCCCAGUCCUGGCCAUCCAUUAAUUUGCUAAUGGAGACUGUGGGUUCAGACAUCCGAAGUUGCCCUCUCUGUCAGCUGGGAUUUCCUGUUGGGUACCCAGACGAUGCACUCAUCAAACACAUUGACUCGCACCUGGAGAACAGCAAGAUAUAGGGCACUCCUCCCCUCCCCUCAUUGGCCAUUCAUUCUCUCCCACCUCUCCACAACCAUUCCCCUCUACUUUGAAUGCUGCAUGAUUCUCGCAGGGUCUGUCCUCCCUUACCUCUGCUACCCCCAGAUACCUCCACUAGCUACCCACAAAUCUCGCCGUAUGUGCUGUCUCCCUACCCUACUGCCAGUUACCAUCUAGCUCUGGCUCACCCCAGGAAGAGAUGCCAAGAUCCACUUCUUGCACUGUACACUUCCCCUCCGGCUCUUUCCCAGGGAAGUGAGGGACUGGGGUGGGAUGGGUCAGGGCUGUCCAUCCCCUUCUGAGUCUUUUUGUCCUCCUUCCUUCCUGUUCUCAAAUUGUGUUGGAUACAGUGAAGUCUCCAGUAUCAUUGGGAUAGUGGGGGGAGGGGAGGGAAAGGGGAUUUGUGGACUCCAGGAGGCCCCACCCCAUCCUGGAGAUGUGUCUGUGAUGUGUCUAACUCUGCCACACUCCACCCCAUGGUCCUCCAUGCCCCUCCCCCAUUCCAGGUCCUCAGCCCUGCCAGGCAUUGAUGUCAGAUGCCAUUUCUUCCCUAUGCACUGAGUCUCCUGGAGUGGGGUUCCUAGGGGAGAAAAUUCUAGCUAUAGCCACCCCCUCAUCCUUCUCUUCCCACAAACAUUUUUCCAUCCAUCCAUCCCAGGGCUACCUCUUCCUGCACCAUUCCUAGAAAGCUCUCCCCUGCUCCCAACUGCCCCCCAGCAAGGACUGGAUGAUUAACUUUAGAGACUGGAGUGAGGGUUCUCUGCCCUUCCUAUCACAUUUGCCUGCCUUCCUGGACCUAAGUAGAAUAUGGAUCUGCCCUAUCCUCUUUCUGCCCUCUUCCUCCCUUCCCAAAUCAAGUAGCCACCCCUAACUUCCAGUACCAAAGCCUCAGUGCAAGGUUGUGUGUGUGUGUGUGUGUGUGUGUGUGUGUGUGUGUGUGUGUGUGUGUGUGAGAGAGAGAGAGAGAGAGAGAGAGAGAGAGAGAGAGAGAGAGAGAGAGAGAGAGAGAGAGAGAAUGAGAAUAAGAAGUGAUGGGGUUGCAUUAGGAAAAUUCCCUGGAUGCUCCAGCCUAGGUUGGCAGAUUCCCCACCCUCCCUAAUUGGGUACCAUCUGUGUCAACUUGCUGGCUACCGGGGCUCAUCUGUCUACCUGAUUGAGUUCCUGGAACUUACACCUCACAUAGUGAUGGGGCAGAUCCUCCUCUCCUGUUGCCCAGAUCCCAUUACCACAAGUGCCCUGGGAACCCAGAAAGGGCUGGUGCCAGGUCAGGCAUGGGCAUUGGCAUUACUUCCUGGGUGUCAGACCGGAUUCCUGUAAAGUGGGUGGGUUGGUAGGCAGCCCAAAUUGUUCCCCAGUGCCCAGGUGGGAGUGGGCAAGAGUGGGCACCUUGACCCAGCCUAACCCUGAUAAUUGGCCAAGGGCAGGCCACUGAGAUCUGCUUCAAAAAGAGCUAACUCCCUUUACUGCUCCCCCUUCUCCCCUUCAACCCACACUCCCUCUGUAAAAUCUACCUCAGAGUUGAUAAAUCCCAGAAGGGUGGGUAUGAGGGGACGGGCUGGGGGAAAGGGAAGACCCCCAGGGCCAAGAAGGGGAACUCCCUGCAGUGAGAGCCCGGACCCCCGGUGAUUAAACCAACUUCCCCUCUCCCCCCACAACCACCAUCUGGUGGUCAGGGGAGGAAGAGUGCUGCUUUCAAUGCAUGUACAGUUCUGAUCCAACUCUUCCAGAAUUCCCUUGACCAUCACAGCUCUCCCUGCCGCCUAGUUUCCUAACCCUCCACCUCUGUUCUGGGGGUGUUGGGGAUGGAUACAGGAGGGAGGUGGGCUGCAAGAACUCCAGAGACACAUGGACCUGGCUGUAUCAUAUGGACCUGAAUGGUUCCCCUGGAGGAGGGGAAGAGGCACAAGGGAGGAGGAAGAGGGGGGGCCCUGUGCUCUGUGAACAAAAUAAAAGUCCAAAUAAAAGUUAUGUGUCCCGUGCUCCCAUUCCUUCCCCUUUGGGAGAAAUAUUGCCUUGUUCCCAUACUCCUUCCUCCUUUCCUCUCCUCUCCAACACAACUUAAAGC